AUGGCACAAUCUGUUACCAAGACCAAAGCUCACACAUUACACUUUUCCUACGACGAAGAUGACAGCUGUGCCUUGACAACUCUCAUCAACGAUGUUCGCUACCAUGUCAUGGUUGAUCCGAACGAAUUGAAAAAGUCCCGCGAGAAGCCAUUGUAUUACGAAUACCUUGAUAAGAUAUCAGCACUUCGUGAGGCAGAAGAAAGGGAAGAAGAGUUAGCUGAAGAGCAACAGGCCAGAGUCCAUCGUGGCAAGGCGAAAAGCAAGAACAAGAGCAGGGAAAGCUCAGAGGGUUCAGACAGCAAAGACAGUGGUGUCGACGUCACAGCAGACGGCGAUGACGAUGAAUUUGUGGAAGAUGAUCAGGAGGACGAGGAGGUUGGAGAAGAUCUAGACCAAGAUUCAGCCAGUGCAGGCUUGGAGCUGCGAAACUGGAUACUCGGAGCACUUGCAGACAUCACGAAAACCGAUGCACCCCCAAAUCGCGAACCAGAGGAAUCUACGUUGUACGAAUGGUAUCAUGGCCCAACAUACUUCUACAGCAUGCAAAUCACCAACGGUGAACUAUCCCCUCAACUUCUCGAAACAACAACCGAGCUCGAAGCCAAAAUCGAAGCCCUCGUCCCUCGCCUCAAAAUGCCGAAAUACAUCCAAAACUACAACCUCCCCUGGCUUAACCCCAACGACCUAAUCGUGCAAUCCGAAGUCAGCAUGCCACCCCCAGCGCACCCCGGCCAAGUCAUCCACAAAAGCACUGGCACAGUCUACUUCUUCAAGCCCGUCGUCCCCUCUCAACCCGACUCCGUCAAACGCGAAAUCCACAUCCUCCGCAAACUCGAGACACUGAAUCUCGACAUCAAAUUCCCCAGCCUCCUCGGCUUUGUCUCCCUCUGCACCAGCAAAACACAAGCAAUGGGCAUGCUACUCCAGAAUAUCCGAUACCCAACGCCCUUGACUAAGCUCCUGCGCUCCAGCGUCGACGCCGGUGCGCGCGCAGAGUGGAGUCGCAAGAGCGAAGCUUAUAUCAAAACGCUGCAUGAGCAUGGGAUUGUGUGGGGUGAUGCGAAAGCGGAUAAUUUCAUGGUGGACGCAGAGUCUGAGCUGUGGAUUAUUGAUUUUGGGGGCAGUUACACGGAGGGCUGGGUUGAUCCAGAGAUCAGUGAGACGGUAGAGGGGGAUCGCAUGGGGUUGGAGAAGAUUCAGACUGCGUUGGCGGAUCCCGAGGGGGGCACGGUGGACAAUGUGGUUAGGGAGACGGCGAGUACGUUGUUUGUUACAGAAAGGUCGGCGGAUGAGGAGGUUACGAGGGAGGAGAAGAGGAAGAGGGCGGAGAGCGAGGUUGGAGAGGGGAUGGUAGAGGAUGCGAGUGCGAGGAAGAGGAGGAAGAGUGAUACCCUGGCUUCAUAA